AGGAAACCCAAACCACCCAAACCAUCAACAUACCUCGUCAGGAAAAUAUCAAAACUCAAAAAUCUUGCUAACAAAUGGGAAAGACAAGACAUCACACUAGAAACCUUUCUCGACAAAACAAAAAAAAUACUCAACCAACUCUCAAACAAACAAAAUCUCACAAUAAACCUACCGCCCGACAUACAAAACAAGGAGACACUCCAAAAUUGGAAACUUUCACUCAGCACACACCUAACCAAUCACAAACAAGUCCUCAAGUCAAUAUGCAACAGCCAAUAUCUUGAAACCAUCAGAGAACAAACACAAAACAAAAAUAGCUAUUUUAGUACAAACAAGAAACAGAUGAUUCGGAACCUACUGGAUGACCCCAGAAGAACCAUAUGUUUGGAUAAAAUCAUUGCACACAAGCCAGAUAAGCAAGUCAUCAAUGACCCCAAUACAAUAAAGAGUACAGUUAGAGCACAUUUCAAACAAUGGACCAAAAAAC